AUGGAUGAAAUACAAGCUUCAAUUGAGUCGGUGACAGAUUCUUCUGUGGAUCCUGUAUCUGUUAUACCUUCUACUUCCUUAUCACCUGCACCUCCAUCAAAUCCACCUUCUCAAGAAGUGGAAGAAUCCGAUGCCGUGGUACCUGCUUCUGAUCCUGGUACACCAUCUUCUGCAACACUUGUAAUACCCUCAUCUGUAUCCGCAUCGAAGACUAGAAGCCGUACCCCGAAACAACGAGCUCCAGUGGUACCCAAUUCAGCCGCGGAUUUUCGUCGGAGGGAAGCCAAUAGAUUAGCUGCAGAAAGAUCCCGUUCUAGACAAAAUGAGAAGUAUGGCUCUUUAGACCAAGCAUCUAAAAGCCUCAUCGAGGAGAACGAAAGAUUGAAAAGACAAAUAGCAGAAUUAGAAGGAGAAGGUCACUCAAACAUUGCAAUGGCAAGUGAUCAAGAAGAAGCCAAUCGAACUUUGUCAAAUUCGGCUACGGCAGUUUCAAUAACUGAAGAACAGGCCCAUGUCGAAGAACGCCAAGGGAAAGAUCAAGGGACAGAAGCAAGGGAUCAAGAACAAGAACAAAGUCCUACCUCAAGACAAGAACAAGAAGCUCAUUCACACACGAUUCUGGCUGCACUAACCGAUAUAACAGGUGUCGACUUUUCCGCAGCCGCAGAUGACCACAAUGAAAAUUCUUGGAUACAAGGUAUGGAAAGCCUUUUAGGUGAUCAUACGGAAUCAAUUUCAAACGCAAGAUUAACGGAGUUAGCUGCUGUAGCAACUGAGCGUGGGGAAGGUGAAGAUGGAAAUAUUCCAAUACCAAAUCAUCAGGAUGGGAGCAAAGACUCACCUCUAGGUCCAAAUGGAUUACCGUUCAAAAUUGGAUUAAUCCCUUCCCCGGCAAAUAACCCAGUCAUAGCUCUAGCAGCUGCUAUCAAUACAGAGAUUGAAAGAAUCAUAAUGGAAGAUCUUGCAGACACAAAAGCUGCCAUCUCGACUAUCGAGAAACAAAUCGAAUCUCUGAAAGCAGGUAUUCGGAUUUCACCCGAGGAACAAGCUUCCAGCGAAGAUAUUUUAGCGCUUCCCGGAAUCGUUUUAGACACCGAUCUAAAUUCAAUCUCAUCAGCCUCUUCAAAGCUCACAAGAGAAAUUUCGACAAUUCAGGGAGCUUUACCACAGCUCCAUGAGGAUCUGAUCAAGCGUCGAGACGUGAAGUCUAAGGAAGAAACCAAAGUUUUUGAUUUGGUCAAGGAAAUAAAGGGGUUGGAUAUCGGAAAUGAUGAUGAGAAGAAAGCCUUCAUCGCCAAGUUGAAAUCUUUGGGAGGUUUCGUCGAAACUCUACUGAGCGAGAACCAAGACCGUGAUUUGUCGUAUGCGUCUGGAUCAUAUUCCAGCCCUGCAAUCGCUCGGAGACGCAGAGGUAGACCACCAAAGGGAGAUAUCUCCAGAACCAUUUACCAGUCUUUCUUACUCAAGCCCUCACCUCCGCGCUCUGAUCCAUCAGUCGAGCACGAAACGAAGCCGAAACCCCGCAUUCCGCGGAAAUCCAGGAAGAGCAAAUUGAGCAGACAGCUUUCACCAUCUCAGGCGAAUGAAGGAGUUGAAGAAAACAUAAGACAGCUUCAAGCGUCUACUCCAGUACCAGAGAUUCAACCUUCCGUUCCAGCUGAAGAGACUACUGACCCUGUUCAUGAGGUGGAGAUCGAGCUGAAUCAUACAGAUCAAGAAGAAGCUACCGCAGAAGCUGUCAAUCGCGCGGAAGCAUUCAUUUUAUCUCAAUUGGCUUCUCACGAACAACAACAGCAGCACCAAAGCCACGAACACGAGCAGAGUCAAAACGACAAUGCUGAUGGCGAACGAGAAAAUGAGAGGGAAGAUAUACCUCAGUUAGAUUCCACUUCAUUCGCUGAUUUUUUACCUGCUCAAGAAGAACUCGAGAGACAAGCGAAUCAACAACUACAAACAGACGAUACCCCAGCGCAUCCCCAAAUACAACAGCAGCAACAGAGCAAUGGUAAUACUACUCCUGCCAGCAGACAUAAGUCAAAUGCAGAAAGUGCUUUGGCAAGACUGAAAAAAGGACCACCCGGAAGCUGCGAUAUUUGUGCUAGAACUGAAACCACUGUCUGGAGAAAACUUACCUUGGGCGAUCAAGACCUGAAAGUUUGUAAUCCUUGUGGCUUAUAUCACAAGAAGUUCGGAGUCAUUCGACCACCUGAAUUAUGGGACGAUGGAAACUCGAUAAGGAGAAGGAGAACUGGACCUAGGUCAUCCACCAGACCUGAAGGGGAAGAUGAGUCUGGUGCUGAUGAACGUCCGGCUAAACGGGCUAAGAGAGGAGGCAAUACAAAGAAGAAAGAUGACCAAGAUAUGAUGGACGAGGAAGGAAGCAGAGUUGAGUUAAGCGUAGCUCUCAUGGCAGGUCUAUCGGCUAUUUCAGCUAGUGCAGAAGCACAACAAGGAGGAGAUGAGGACCUGGUGCAUCAACAAGAUCAAUCAACAGUCCUUGACGCAGCUCAACUGGAUCAAUCUCAAGAGGAGAGACAGGACGAUAGUUUGGAUCUGCAUCACGAUGAAAGCGCAGAGGCUCUCAAUCAUAACGAUUUGAGUAGUGUGUUCGCUAUUUGA